ACCUGUUGACGUCGCAGUGGGGUGUUUGGAAUGCGAGUCGCCGCAAACGCGCGAGAGCCCCGCCAUCGAAAUCGAGCAGUUUCGAUCAAGGAUUCCAGAACGCCAAAGGGUUGGGCUGUUGUGCCACCAACAGAGCUCGCGUGGCAUCGCCGUCUUGUGUCUGUUGGCGGCCAAUUCGAGAAAGAGGCCUCAGUUACACGACCAAUUGAUUGGGGAAACCGGAGUGCACAACCUGUGUGUGCUCUUCCCUGCUUACAACCUUUUUACCCCGCGAUCCCGGAACAACAGCAACCUCACCAUGAGUUCCGAGCUCGAUGCCACCUCGGCCAUGGCGGCCGCGAGAGAGAGAGCUCGAGCGCUUGACCGGGAUGAUCCGCUCGCGUUUACACGCAGCGAGUUCAAUAUUCCAACCAAGACGCAGAUCGCGAGUACCCGCUUGCCCGACUUAGCGACUACCGAAACUGACCCUGGUGAUGGCGCCGCGGACAAGUGUAUUUACCUCUGCGGUAACUCCCUAGGUCUCCAGCCCAAGCGGACUCAGACUCGCCUCAGCCAGUACCUUGCUACCUGGGCUACACAGGGGGUUCAGGGGCACUUCAAACCCCUCCAGGAGUCACCGCUGCCAACAUGGCUCGAUGCCGACGAGAGAGCCGCCCAGCUGAUCGCCCCGAUCGUGGGCGCCUCCGAGACCGAGGUGGCCGUCAUGCAGACGCUGACCGCCAACCUCCACCUGCUCAUGUCUGCCUUUUACAAGCCGGACGUCAACGGGAAGCACAAAAUCAUACUUGAGAGCAAGGCCUUCCCCAGCGACCACUUCGCCGUCGAGACCCAACUCCGCCAUCACAAUCUCGACCCGGCCACCUCCAUGAUCACCCUCACUUCGACAUCUUCGCCCGAGGACAACGUCCUCACCACCGCCGAGAUCCUCUCCGCCAUCGACGCUCACGCCGCCACCACCGUCCUCCUCCUCCUCCCGGGGAUCCAGUACUACACCGGCCAGCUCCUCGACAUACCCACCAUCACCGCCCGCGCCCGCGCCCGCGGCAUCUUCGUCAUCUGGGACCUCGCCCAUGCUGUCGGCAACGUGCCCCUCUCGCUCCACGACUGGGGGGUCGACGCGGCUGCCUGGUGCAGCUACAAGUACCUCAACGCCGGCCCGGGCUGCAUCGGCGGCCUGUUCGUGCACGAGCGCAACAGCGCCGUCGCCCGGGCCAUCACCGACGAGCGGCCCGAGGAAGGGUACACGAACCGGCUGGCCGGCUGGUGGGGCAACGAGAAGGCCACCCGCUUCGUCAUGGCCACCAAGUUCCACCCCGUCCGCGGCGCCGCCGGCUUCCAGCUGAGCAACCCGAGCAUCCUGGACAUCACCAGCCUGUCGGCGUCGCUCGAGAUCUUUCGCGAGGCCGGCGGGGUCGCCCCGCUGCGGGCCAAGUCGGUGAGGCUGACGGGGUUCCUGGAGCAGCUGCUGCAGACGGGCAUUGGGGAGGAGGAGAGGGCGCUGUUCAGGAUCAUCACUCCGAGCGAUCCGGAGCAGAGGGGCGCGCAGCUGAGCCUGAUGCUCAAGCCGGGCCUGCUGGAAGCGGUCAUGAGGGAGCUGGAGAGGAGGGCCGUGAUCGUGGACGAGCGGAAGCCCGACGUCAUCAGGGUCGCGCCCGCGCCGCUGUAUAACACGUUUGAGGACUGCGUAGGGUUUGUUGAGGCGUUUGCUGAGGCACUUUCGAUAGCGAGGAGAGAGACGGCGGCAUGAAGGGAGAUAUCUACAUGAUACAGAACUCCAGCUCAGGCGCGGAGCAUGACCCGAAAGUAGCAACCGCCAGAAAGCCUCGACUUCCUCGGCUGCUUGCUUUGUCCAUCACCUCGUGAAAUUAGUACUUGCGACUUCUUGAAGGCCCCUCUUAUGGCAAAGCACACCUUGCUUUCUGCUAUCAUGAAUAGUAACAUGUCUUCAGCUAAGUCGUUUCAAG